GGCAAGCAGUCUUAUACAUGUUAAAUAGGUUACAGUAUAUCCUAGAUACAAUAUAUGUGUGCAGAACCGAACAGUUCUCUUGUUGCACAGGGAGAAUUGGAUUCAGAAGGUAUAAAUAACCCAGGAAGAAAAACAAAAAUGCAAACAGUACAUUCAUUUCCCAGUGUUCUUUCUUUGGGUGUAGCUGCUUCUGUCCAUCCUUGAUCAAUUGAAACUGAGUUAGAUCUCUUUAUCAAAGAGAUCCAUUUCCAUCAGAAUACAUCCUCAAACAGUAUUGUUAUUGAGGUGUAUAAUGAUCUCCUGGUUCUGCUCAUUUCACUUAGCAUCAGUUCAUGUAAGUCUCACCAGUCCUCUCUGUAUUCAUCCUGCUGGUCAUUCCUUACAGAACAAUAAUAUUCCAUAAUGUUCAUAUACCACAAUUUACUCAACCAUUAUCCAGUUGAUGGGCAUCCAUUCAUUUUCCAGCUUCUAGCCACCACAAACAGGGCUGCCACAAACAUUUUGGCACAUACAGGUCCCUUUCCCUUCUUUAGUAUCUCUUUGCGGUAUAAGCCCAGUAGAAACAUUGCUGGAUCAAAGGGUAUGCACAGUUUGAUAACUUUUUGAGCAUAGUUCCAAAUUGCUCUCCAGAAUGGCUGGAUGUGUUCACAAUUCCACCAAAAAUGUAGAUUUCCCACAUCCCCUCCAACAUUCCGCAUUAUCUUUCCCUGUCAUUCUAGCCAAUCUGACAAGUGUGUAGUGGUAUCUCAGAGUUGUCUUAAUUUGCCUUUGUCUGAUUAAUAAUGAUUUGGAGCAUAGUUUGAUAUGUCUAUAAAUAGUUUUAAUUUCUUCAUCUGAGAAUUGUCUGUUCAUAUCCUUUGACCAUUUAUCAAUUGGAGAAUGGCUUGAUGUCUUAUAAAUUAGAGUCAAUUUUCUAUAUAUUUUGGAAAUGAGGCCUUUAUCAGAACCUUUGACUGUAAAAAUGUUUUCCCAGUUUAUUGUUUCCCUUCUAAUCUUGUCUGCAUUUGUUUUGCAUAACAUAGUAUUUUCACCUUAUUUUGCUGUUGUUUGCUUGCUUCCCCCCUCCCCCCUUUUGAACUGAUUUUUCUUGGGUAGCCUGAUAAAUGUGGAAAUAAGCUAAGAAGAAUUGCACAUGUUUAACCUAUAUUGAAUUAUUUGUUGUCCAGGGAAGGAGGGAGAUGAGGAGAGAGGGAGAAAAAUUUGGAACACAAGGUUUUGCAAGGAUGAAUGUUGAAAACUAUCUUUGCAUGUAUUUUGAAAAUAAAAAAGCUAUUAUCAAAAUAUAAAAACAUAAAACUAAGUUACAGAGGAGUUCAAUUUUCAGAAAUGAAGGAUGUUUCUAUACCUAGAGCUCUUGAUUUUGAGGAAAUGUAGAAACCAAAAAAUUACUAUUAUUUAGCACAUUAUAUCCAAUUAUUCUAUUUCUUUUUUGUUUAGAUUUUAAACCAUUAGUUUAUUUAACACAAUUCAUAUAAAGACCCAAUAAAGCUAGUAGUAAUAGCUAGCAUUCACAUAAUCCUUUUCAGUUUGCAAAGACAUUAUAAAUAUUUUAUUUGAAUCCCAUAAAUAGUGGGUGUUAUUAUUGUACCCAUAUAUACAUUCUCAAGAUGAAGAAACUGUGCCUGGAGAGUCAAGUGAUUUCCCAUUUGGUUCAUACAUACAACUAGUGUCUAAGAGUAGAUUUGAACUCAGGUCUGUCUUACUUUAAGUACUGUAGUAUUCUCCACUGUUCCAUCCAAUUGCCCCAGUUUUCUGUUUUUCUGACCCUAAAAAGGGGACUAAAGUCCAUGUACUUGAAUCUAAAACUCAAGAUUCAUGAAUAGAAAAAACAGAUAUAGAAUCUGACCAAAUCCAUACAAGAAUCAGCCAGUGAGUGGUAUUCCCUUCUUGCUAGCCUUUGCACAAUGACCUAGAGUUGUGGACCAGGAGAAACUUUUGAUACCCUCAGCGGGGUACCAGGUACCCAGCAUCCCCAGACUGGGAGAGGGGGAAGCUUGGGACUGUUUUCCAGCCAAUCUUUUACAACUGGGCAAACAGGUACCCCAUGGUGCUUGAGAGCUCAGGGAGGAUCUCACCCAUUGGUCAGACCCUGUGGCAGGUCACACAAACUGAAAGGAUGCUGCUUGCUGGACAGCAGUGUUCUGCAGCAUCUGAAUGGACUCUAGGAUACAAACAGUCCCCAUAGGACAAGUUAGGCUGGAAAUACUCUAGCUGUGGGUUUGGUGCUGUAUCUGUGGGCUCUGGUGCAGCAGAGCUCUGUAAAGUCAGCCCAAGGUGGACAGUGGCAGUGGAGUCAGCUUUUGUUAUUUAGUCUGCAGCAGGAGGAGAGGGGAGGGAGAGGAAUUUGGUCAAACAGUACAUUUUGAUUACCAGGUUAUUUUUUCUCCCAAAAGAUCCUCAUGGUUCAUCUACACGGACUUGACUCUGGUAGCAUUUCUGGGAGUAAAGGUUAUUAUCAUGUCCAUCUUCAAGAACCCAGUCUUCACCCUGCCAAGAGGCACUGUGCCAGGUCCUCUAUUAUGGCAGGCAUCCUACAGAGGCAACUGGAGAUAAUUUGAUGAUGAAAGUGAUCGAGUCCAAGGCUUCUAUCAGAUGAAAUCCCCUGCCCUCAGAUCACAGUGCUGCCAGCUAAAGAUAGGGCAUGAAGCUGGCAGGGCCAGGGUGAAGCUAAUCUGGGAAGGUGCUCACUUCCACAGCAAUCUCCUAGAAAGGUUUCUCAUGUAUGUGGGCUUGGUGGGGUACAACUUAUUAAUGGUUUUAAAGACUGUUUUUUUUUUUUUUUGCAGGUCGAGGAGACCAGCUUUCUCAGGUCUGGCCCCUAUUCCUCCAGCCACAAUCAGCCUAUAAGAGAUCAAGGGAGGUCUCAACCUAGCCAAGGGCCAGCCCCUUUUUUCCCCAUCUCCUCCAGAAGUCCCACAAUCCAUGGGAGCAGCCAUCAGGGCUCCUUCUCUUUUGAUCCUCUCUUAGAUCAGUCUGCUUGGGCUGGGCUGGGAGUUAACUCUGAUGAGAUAAAGGACCACCACUCCUUCCUUUCUCUAACUUCUGAAGGGCCCUUGUACAUAUCAUCUGAUUUAUGUAACCUAAGGACCUUAUCAUCCAACCUACUUUGGAACUUUCAGAAUCCCCAGGCCUUUUUUCUCCUAUGUUUCUCCUCCAAUUAGAGUGGGAACUCCUAGAGAAUAGGUGACUAUUUGUAUCCCCAGCACUUAGCUUGGCAUGUGGUAGUGCUUUUUUAUUCAUUUAUUCAUUAACUCAUUCACUUUUCUGGGUAAUCAAUAAUUAUGUUAAUUAUAGCUAGCAGGUAAUAAAAUGGUCACUGGCUUUCCGCUCUUAAAAACAAACCUCAGGGGUCCUCUGAAUGUUAAAAAGCCUUUGGAAAAGAGGUUGUACCUAAGGGUAGAAAUCAACUUUUUAAAAAAUUGUUUUAUUUUUUCUCUGUUAUAUAUACAUUAAAUUUUAAAUACAUAUUUCUGUUUUUUUCCUUUUUCUGAGGCAAUGGGGUUAAGUAACUUGCCCAGGAUCAUAGUUAGGAAGUGUUAAGUGUCUGAGGCCAGAUAUGAACUCAAGUCCUCCUGACUUCAGGGCUGGUGCUCUAUCCACUGCAACCACCUAGAUGACUUUAAAUACAUAUUUCUUUAUGAAUCAUGCUAGGAGAGAAAAAUCAGGACAAAAGGGGGGAAACCACGAGAGGAAAAAAAAAAAAAGUAGGAAAAAAAGUAACUAGCAUGUGUUCAUUUACAUUCAAUCUUCAUAGUUCUCUUUCUGGAUGCAUAGAAUUUUCUAUCCAAAGUUUAUUGGGAUUGCCUUGGAUCACUGAAGCACUGAGAAGAGCCAAGUCUUUCAUAAUUGAUCAUUGCACAAUCCUGCUAUUACUGUGUACAAUACCUUCCUGGUUCUGCUUGUUUUACUCAGCAUUAGUUUGGUAAAUCUUUCCAAGCCUUUCUAAAAUCAGCCUGUUCAUCACUUUUUAUAGAAUACUAUUCCAUUACUUUUAUAUACCAUAACUUGCUCAGCCAUUCCCUAACUGAUGGACACCCACUCAUUUUCUAAUUCUUGGCUACCACAAACAUUUUUUGUACAUGUGGGCCCCUUUUUUAUGAUUUCCUUGAGAUGCAGAUCCAAUAAUAGCACUGUUGGAUCAAAGGAUAUGCACAAUUUUAUAACUCUAUGGGCAGUUCCAAAUUGCUCUCCAGGACCAUUGGAUCAUUUCAUAACUACACCAACAACUUAGUGUUUCAGUUUUCCUCACAUCUUCCUUCAACAUUUAUCAUCUUUUGCUGUUGUCUUAGCCAGUCUAAGAAUUAUAAAGUGGUACUUCAGGGUUUUCUUAAUGUUCAUUUCUCUAAUCAAUAGUGAUUUAGAGCAUUUUUUCAUGACUAUAGAUGGCUUUAAUUUCACCAUCUGAAAAUUCUCUGUUCAUAUCCUUUGGCCAUUUAUCAACUGGGGAAACUCAUUCAUUCUUUUAUUAUUAUUAUAGCUUUUUAUUUACAAGAUAUAUGCACGGGUAAUUUUUCAGCAUUGACCCUUGCAAAACCUUCUAUUCCAACUUUUCCCCUCCUUCCCCCAAAAGGCAGGUAGACCAAAACAUGUUAAAUAUGUUAAAGUAUAUGUUAAAUACAAUAUACGUAUACAUAUAUCCAUAGUUAUUUUGCUGCACAAAAUAGAAAUAAGGUAAAAUUAACCUGAGAAGGAAAUAAAAAAUGCAAGCGGACAAAAACAGAGGGAUUAGAAGUGCUGUGUAGUGAUUCACACUCAUUUCCCAGAGUUCUUUCUCUGGGUGUAGCUGGUUCUCUUCAUUAUUGAACAAGUGGAACUGAUUUGGUUCAUCUCAUUGUAACUCAUUCAUUCUUGGUGAAGUCCUGCUGGCCUGGAGCAUCCAAUGCUGGCGAUAUAAUAGUCAUUGGUUUCAAACUUCCACAUAGAGACAUGUCUGUGGAGAUGUGAUGCUCCUGCUGAUUGAUUCUCCAUUUAUGUCAUGACUCUUGGCUGUGAGUUCCCUUUCAAGCCGUUUGGUACUCUCUAAAUCUGUUAUUUUUUUUUUUAAUACAACUAUUUAACAUACUUGAUUUCCUUUGUAAUCCUAUGUACUUUAUUUUGUGCAUUUAAAAAACAUUAUUCUGAGAUGGGGCCCAGAAUGAACAUUUCCUUUUUAGCCUUCCUCUCUCUCCCUCUUUCUCUCCCUCCACCAAGAGCUUUUGAGACGUUUCAAACUGGAUGCCUUGUAGCAAUCUCCAAUGCAACAUGUCCAGAGCAGAGCUCAUUAGUUUCCCCCCUACUUUCCAGGGCAGCCAGGUUUCCAACCCCAGUGUCAUCCUUUCUUCUUCCUUCUCACUCAUCCCUUUUACCCCUUCAGGUGCCAAAUCCUGCCGUUUUUACCUUUACAACAUCCCUCUUACCCGGAUCCCCCUCUCUUUAUUCACACUCAAAUACCAGCUUCCCUUCUAGACUACUGAAAUAAGCUUCCAAUUGGUCUGUCCCCAAAUAUAGGUGCCAAGCCCCAGUCUGACCACGUGUCACUCCUCCCCAUUCAAAAAGCUCCAGGGACGGCCGUUACUUCCAAGCCCAGAGCAUGAAAUGCUCUCUUUGGGAGCAGGAGCCCUCCCCCGUCGGAAGCUCCCCCCCAGCCACGCCGCGGUCCCGGGCUCCCAGAAGCCAUUCCCUGCGCCUCCCCUCUCCAGGAUUUGCCCCCCACCCCCUGGCUCCGUCCCUUUUCCUCGGCAUCCUCCCAGACUCAGACCAAGUGCCCUAUUCUGCGGCACUCCCAAAUGCUCGUGUUUUCUCCUCCCGAAUGUCUUUCCUUCGACUCUAACCUCGGACACUCACUAACUGUAUGUACCCCGUGCGCCUCAGUUUCCUGGUCUGUAAAACGGGCAGAAGUUGACGACGAGCCACUGCAGUGUCUUUGCAGCGGGACCGCGGGUGGGGUCGGGAAGAAUCGGACUGGGAUCAGGUCUUGCAUGCACCUAAGGGCACGUAGAGGUUUUCCCCGUUAAGGCGCGAGCUCCUCCGGCGCAGGGGCUGCUCCUUAGGGGUCCGAGCACGAAGUCCGGCACCUCGGAAGCGCUUUAUCCGGGGGCCCACGCAGAGUCCCCCUCCUCAGGGCUUCCCCCGCCACGCUUCUUUUCUGAACAUCACCAAUGCAAACUUCCCUUUGGUGCGGAGCUGGGGCUUACCGGUGAUUCCUUGUAGGGAAACUCCCGUGGCCCGCUGGUGUGGACAUUAAAGCGACUUCAAGUUCGGAGCGGGAGGAGGCGUCUGGAGGUUGAGGUGAGUUGGGCGCUGGGACUUGCUCUUCCGUCUCCUGUCUUUACUCAGCGAAGGAGUCCACGCGCGUGGAAGUGGUAGAGAGCAGUAAGCGGGGAUCACGUGGCGGGGCCGUGGGGAGACUCGUGUGAGUGUGCGUGUGGACGUGUGAGCUGCUCUGGGCGGGGGUGGGGGUAGGGAGGGGGUGCGGAGGUGGGGGGUGCAGAGAAGGCGGAGCGGCCGGGAAGCUCCGCCCCCUGUGCGCAUGCUCCCGCCCCGGGCACAUUAUAAGGCCGUAGUGAGAAGCUCCGCUGGCAGAGUAGAACGGGCGCUGCGGAGGGGAGAGGGCGCCGGGGCCUCGGGGCUGCUGCCGCCGGGGGAGGGAACGAGCGACGUGACGUGACGUGACGUGACCCGAGCCUGGAGCUGAGCCCAACAGAGCGCGAGCCCUCCCCGCCCACCCGCGCCCACGCUCCCUCCAGAUCCGCGCACAUAACGAUCUUUGGAAUUGAACUGAAUUUUGAAAUUUGUCUUCAAAUAAAAUGGCACCAGCAGUUGGAGGUCCAAUGGGGUACACCCCACCAGAAGGUGGCUGGGGAUGGGUCGUAGUUAUUGGAGCUUUCAUCUCUAUUGGCUUCUCUUAUGCAUUUGCCAAAUCAAUUACUGUAUUCUUCAAAGAGAUUGAAAUCAUUUUCAAUGCUACUUCCAGUGAAGUCUCAUGGAUAUCUUCCAUCAUGUUGGCUGUCACAUAUGGAGGAGGUCCCAUUAGCAGUAUCCUGGUGAACAAGUAUGGCAGCCGGCCAGUGAUGAUGCUUGGUGGCUUCCUAUCAGGAUGUGGUUUGAUUGCUGCUUCAUUUUGUAACACUGUGCAAGAACUGUACCUUUGUAUUGGCGUCAUUGGCGGUCUCGGACUCUCCUUCAACUUAAAUCCAGCUUUAACCAUGAUUGGCAAAUAUUUCUUCAAAAAGCGGCCAUUGGCAAAUGGGUUGGCCAUGGCAGGGAGUCCUGUGUUUCUCUCUACCCUGGCACCCGUAAAUCAGAUUUUCUUUGGUAUCUUUGGCUGGAGGGGCAGUUUCUUAAUUCUUGGUGGUUUGCUACUUAAUUGCUGUGUGGCCGGAUCUCUUAUGCGACCCAUAGGACCCAAACCAGGAACAUCAAAAGAAAUAUCUAAAGAAUCCCUGCAGGAAAUAGGGAAGUUGGAUUCAAAGAAAGGUGCUGGUGAUGCAAAUACAGAUCUUAUUGUUGGAAACAGUAAGCAGAAGAAACGUUCUUUCUUUCAAAUGAUUAAUAAGUUCCUAGAUUUUUCCCUUUUCAAGCAUAGAGGCUUUUUACUAUACCUCUCGGGCAAUGUGAUCAUGUUUUUUGGAUUGUUUGCUCCCUUAGUUUUUCUUAGUAAUUAUGCCAAGAGUCAGAAUAUAUCUAAAGAGUCUGCUGCUUUUCUGCUCUCCAUUUUAGCUUUUGUUGACAUGGUAGCCAGACCCUCUAUGGGACUUGUAGCCAACACAAAGUGGGUGAGACCUCGAGUGCAAUAUUAUUUUGCUCUCUCAAUAAUUUGUAAUGGAAUUUGCCACCUAUUGGCACCCUUAAGCACCACUUAUGUGGGAUUUUGUGUCUAUGCGGGAUUCUUUGGAUUUGCAUUUGGCUGGCUCAGCUCAGUAUUGUUUGAAACACUAAUGGACCUUGUUGGAACCCAGAGAUUCUCCAGUGCCGUGGGUUUGGUGACAAUUAUGGAGUGCUGUCCUGUCCUCCUGGGGCCACCGAUUUUAGGUCGUCUCAAUGACAUGUAUGGAAACUACAAAUACACGUACUGGGCCUGUGGCAUCAUCCUGAUCAUCUCAGGCAUCUACCUCUUUAUUGGCAUGGGUAUCAAUUACCGCCUUUUGGCAAGAGAGCAGAAAGCAGAAGAGGAACUGAAAAAGGAAGGUAAAGAAGAGGAGACCAACGUAGAUAAUAUUGAGAAGCAGAAAGAAGCUAAUAAAGCCUUGGGGUCGGCCCAGCAGAGCUCCUUAGAAGGCGCCAAAGAGGAAGAAAAUCGUAUUUAAAGGACUGCAGCACUGUCGAGGUGGGGAGAUAGAGAGGAGAGCUGAAAAUGGUCUCCUGGCUGACUGGUACCAGUGGUGCUUAAUCCAGAAAAGGAUAUUUCUGUGCAAAAUUGUACCAGGUGUUCAUGAAAAUUUUCAGUUUUGAGGGCUUUCCUUUUAUAUUUAAUAUCAUUACAAAUUAAAUCUGCCAUAUUUUGGAGGAGAGCAAGGAUGAGGGAAGGAACUAGUUUUUAUAUAGUGGAUUUUAAUAGUGACUUGAAGAUACUUAUGUGCCUUAAAUGUUUGUUUGUAGACCUCCUCAUAAAGCCUUAACUUUUACAAAAGUUUAACUUUAUUUUGACUUUAAAAUUAUCUCAAUUCUUAAAAAAUCAGGCAGCAAACAUACUUGGAAGAAAAAUACACAAAACCCCAUGGGAUGAUUAAGGCAGCAAUUUUGAGUGUUGAUCCUAGUCUGAAACUGUUCCUUGGUACUUUGUCAUGUCACAUAGUGUUCCUCAGGCACAUUAUCCCAGGGAUUUGUGUUGGAAGGACAGCUUUGAAGUUCUUUAACUGUUAAAAUUUUUCCUUGUAAUUUUUUGCUUCCCAUCCACAUUUUCUAACUAUAUCUGUCAUUCAGAAUAUAGUUGUAAAAACAUAUUUUUUCAUUAUUUUUUAUUAUUAUUAUUAUUAUUUUCCUCUGGUAGAAGUUAAAUGUCCACGGGAAUUUUUUAAAAACACUAUUAUUAAAAUUCAUUCUUUUGUUUUUUUAGAAGUGUAAAGUGGGUAAUUUUAACUCUUUUCUGUACUUUAAUCCCACUUUUGAAAUCAUUUGGUAUUAUUUCCCUUUUUUUUUUUUAAUGUUAUAAAGUAGAGUGGUUUUAUUUUUUAAAUAAGUCUCUGUCUUUGGAUUGCCUUAGUAAACAUCCUGCAUUCUAUUAAAUGUAGAGUGGCAUUUGAAGGAAUGACUGAAUUGAGCUCAGGUUUCUCAUCUUCUCUUCCCCUCUGCCCACACACACACUCUUACCUACCCUCCAAAAAACCCACCAGUUAAACUUAGUGUGACUAUGGGAAGCAUUUUUUCUGGCAACCUUACUUUUCCUUUCUUCACCCUGGUUGCCUUUUACUCUGCUCUGAGCUUGAAGUGUGUGUAAGGUUUUAUUUUGUUUGAAAGUUUUUCCAUGUUUGUAUACUAAACCAGGCCAGAGGAAUUUGUGCAUGCAGACUAUUCAGGAGAAGAUGGGAAAGAAUUUGUGGCUGUUAAUACUCAGUGAAGACUUUCACCAUUUUCCUCAUUAGACCUUAAAGUGAAUUAAGAUAAUCAGUCAAACAAUUUAAUUUCUUUUCCCAAUAGAAAUCUGAAGAAUUUGUGAGCCUAUUUAUUAUUCACUUCAAGAUAGAGAAUUGUUGUCUGAGGAGAUAAGGGAUGAGGGAAAGGGAAGAUCAAGGGAAAGAGUUUGCCCUAAUAUCUCUUAUGCCCUAUUCUUAUGAUAAAAAGCCAUUCAGUGAAUAGAAUUAACUUGGAAUAAAUGACAUAGUGAAAGUGUCGAUUCAAAACUUUGUUUUAAAAAAGCUAACUUUUCCAAAUAAAUAUUUUUUUAAUUAAUUCACCUAACUCUGAUUUAUGUAUAGGAACCUGAGUUUUCUUUUUUAAUAGCCAAGUUCCCAGCGUCACUUGCUAAUAUUAAACCAAAUCAUGCCUGCUUUGAUGUGCCUUGGAAGUUUGUUUAUGUGGUUGGUGUCCUUCAUUUUCUUCAUUCUUUGGUCUCCUUACUUUAAGGCAAGCAGACAAAAGGUUGGGUUUUUUGUGGUGUUUUUUUUUUUUUCUCUUAACUUCCCCUCUUACUUCAACAACUUUCAGAUCACUUAGCCUUCAAGGAAGGAUGCAGAACUCUUCAAGUAAAAUGUGUUUGUAUGGUCCAUCUUCCCACCCCCAGAAAUUGUGUUUAGAAACACAAUUUAAUUGAUCAAAAAGUGUAUGAUAUAAUUUUUGUUAGACUUCAUUUAAAAAAUCAAGAGGUUAGGGGGAGAGGAAGCUGUAUGCAAAGAGGUACUUAAUAUAUUCUGCAAGCCGAGAUAAGAGAUGUAUGACUAGAUGUAAAAGUGACAGUGGCAAUAUAUGUCCAUAGCAUCUCAUAACAAAACGGGCUGUGGAGAUCAGCCUAUCACACAGGCCCCCAAAGUUAGGGGGUUUGCCCUAUGGCUGGCAGCCAGCAUGUGAGCUCUCAAUCCAGUCUUUCUAUUGUGCCUCCACUCAAGUCAUCUUUGCAUUUCACAGACGAUUGCUUGCUGCUUUCAGAGAACAAGAUGUUUAAGCACAGUCUCUAGUUUGUCUGUUUCAUCCUUUUUUUUUUCAUUCCUACGUUUCUUCAUAAACUAUAUUUUAAAAAGCAGAUUUGCUUGUAGUUGCAGUGCUAAUCUAAAGAGAAAUCCCAGGAGCCUCUCUUUGGUUCUCAUCUCCAUGCCUAAGGUGGGGAUCCAGUUACCAAUCAUGCCUGUUAAAUGCCAGUAAAGUUUGUAAACUUAAAAAAAAAGAACAAAAGUAAAGUUGAAAUUAGUCAAGGAUAGAAUCAUUCAUUUAAGGAAAAAUUCUUAAAGGAUUUUGGGAAAAUCUGUCAUUUUAUUUCACUGAAUGAAUAACUAUUUCAAUUUUCUUUAUUCUAGCUUAAAACAACAACCAAAAAAAAGUUUCAAGCUUUGUUGAUGAAUUAUUCUGAAUUCUACAGAAAUUUGGUAUUUUCUAAUAAAUUCAGCAUGAGAAAAUUACCAAUACAAAUUACUAGGUUGUACAAGAAAAUUCUUUAGGAAAAGAUAAAGAAAUUAUGAAAAAUCCAGAGAUAUUCUUAUUGAGUGACCAUUCCUGAAAUGUUUAAGCUUGACCAGUAUUAAAUGGUGUAAUGUGAAUAAUUCUCUGUUUAGUCUUGAUGGCUGACUGGGUUACUAGUUAUAUGUGUACUGUAUUUAUAUAAAUAUGUAUUUUUAUCAUUGUUGUCUUCCUAAAUUUUACAAAAGGAAAAGGACAUUGUGGGUUAGGGUAUUUGCUUUUUAAAGCCAUUUAAUGUUUUGUAUGAAACAGUGUUUUAUUGUAUUGAAUUUUGAACUUGUAAACUAGGUAUUGAUUUUAUGUUUUAGUUAAAAGUAUGUAGGUUUUUUUUCUCCCUUAGUAAAUGGUUCACACAAUACAAUAAACUUAGCAAUAAUUAGUA